AUGAUACAGAGUGAGAAACAAAAGCACCGUGGUGACGAGGAGGUGGUCAAAGAGCUGUGCUUGGCCAAUGGAGUGUCCUAUGAAAAAAUUGCACAAGAAGGAAGCAAUGUCAGCUCCCUGGAGAUUUUUUUCUCUGGUUUUCCCCGCAUGGUUGGGCUUUCCUUCUUCCCUAGGCUCUGUCAGCUCACCAUAGUGGGCCAGAAUAUAAAACACAUUGAGGGACUUGAGAGCUGUCCUCUGCUUCGGGAGCUCUGGGUUGUUCAGUGCCAUCUGACUGGAAUAUCUGGACUACAGAAUUGUUUACAACUGGAGAAACUCUACCUUUAUGAUAAUCAAAUCAGUGAAAUAAAAAACUUGGAAGUGCUGAUCAACGUGGAAGUCCUGUGGCUCAACAACAACUGCAUCACUGAGAUACAGGGCUUGAACACGCUUCAAAACCUCAAAGAACUAAACCUUGCUGACAACAAUAUUGAAAAGAUUGGGCAAAGCCUUGAUCUUAAUGUCAGCCUUCAGAGUCUUAAUCUGUCCGGGAACAAGAUCAGCUUCUUUAAGGAGCUGACCCUGCUUGCCCAUUUACCCCAUCUGAAAGAACUAGCACUGAAGGACCCCACGUCAACCCCAAACCCAGUGUGUCUGCUUUGUAACUACGCCACACAUGUUCUUUACCACAUGCCAGGCCUCCAGCGACUUGACACCUAUGAUGUCUCGAGCAAGCAAGUCAAGGAAGCAGCUGAGUCGACAGUUAUGAAGAAAAUGAUGUACUACAACAUGCGUGUACGGACUGCUCGCAGGAACCUUGCAGAGAUCCGCCUCAGUCUGAUGGAGAGAAAGAAAACUAUGUUACAGUUACCUGAAGAAUGCAUCAGAACACUCAGUCACGCCAUCAAAAAUCUGGAGCGUGAGCUGUCCAAGGUGCCGGCUAGAUGCAAGAAGUCUGCCUGCCCUUUGGAGGACGGAUCGACUCACCUGGUUGAAGCGGACAGAAGUGACUCAACGCUGGACGCCAGUCGCGAUCCCGCCAUGGAGCACAAAAUACUCAGCAAGACUGAAGCACUGAGAGAGAGACUGGUGUUAUGGACGAGGAGGCUGGAUGAGAUUGAAUCCUGGUAUGAACAGGAUUUGAUGCAAGCCACAAACAUGAUGGAAUACACUAUCCAGUUUCUGUUGAUGGAACUAGAAAGUGUUGGAAAUAUCCGUUUGGAAGAGGGCUGCUCCACAGACCCUUGGUUUACUUCCUGUUGCGAUCUCCUGCAUUCCCGCUUCUCUCAUUCAGAUUUCAAGGCUCACAGCGUCACCGGCAUGAAGAUCAAUAGAGUUAUCCGCAUCCAUAACAGCGCUUUGAGGCUUCGCUUUGAAGAUAAACUUCACACCCUUCUAGGCAGUGAAGAGUCUGCCGUCUCCUCACAGAAUUACAGACGUCGGCUGGAGCAUUUGUUCUACAUCGCUGACCCUGAAAAACAUAGUGAGAAGGAUGAAAUUCUUUACGUCCUGGAGCAAGGCUUCAAAACAUCCGAACAAUAUAAGGCCUUAGAAGGAGAGGGUGCAAUACCUUUAUCCAACAGCCUGAGUGUGACUGAACAACCCAGGAUUGAACACACACUGCACCGGGCCAGCCAAGGCGACUCCAUGGAGAGUAUGGACGCACUCCCCUUCAGGCACAGUCAGAUUAUUGUUUCCAAAGUGUUUGUGGGCCACAGCAUGCCUAUCCGAGAGGGGGAGCCAUUGGACAGAAGCAAAUAUCCCAGAGCCUACUCGGUGUAUCGAAAUGUGGACACCAAGCACAGAACUGCAAUAAGUGAAGAGAGGCCGCGCUCCACCAAAACACACACCGGUCCAGAGUGCAGUCCCAGACGAAGACAGUGGUUUGUGUUUGACCAUGAACUCGUCCUGCCUGAGUACAUCAUUUAUUUUCAAUACAUCACAGCGGAUGAAGAACAACCACACAGCACGGGCAGAGACAACACUCAGUCCAACGAUAUCAUCCGAGACAGGGAAGUCCUCAACAUGGAGCCUGUGCUGAAGCCACAGCCCAAGUUGUUGAGCUUAGAUGACAAAAUUCUGCUUAAUGUGGCCAGAGCCAAUGUCCUCAGUCAAAUCACUGUGCUGAACCUUCAUGGCAACAGUCUGAGUAAAAUAAAGGAGAUUUCCCAUCUCACAGCUUUGCGGCAUCUUACCAUCAGCUUCAAUGAGUUCACACGCCUGGAUGACAUUUCUCACAUGCCCAACCUUGAGUUUUUGGACGCUAGCCAUAAUCACAUAGUGACCCUUGAAGGACUGAGGAGGUUGGGGCAGCUCAAACAGCUCGACCUGCGCUGGAACCAGCUGACUAAGGUCAGAGAGGAUACGGCUGUUCUGAGAAAACACACACCUGCUCUACUGAGGCUUGACACCAGAUACAACCCCUGGAGCAGGCUUGAAGCCCUCAGAAUUACCAUAUUGGGCCGUCUGACAACCCUCACACACCUGGAUGAUAUGAUGGUAGCAGAGGAGGAGGCUGCUCAUGCUGUUCAGAUGGCUGCUGGAUCCAAAAUUAACCAGGCAUCUCUUCAAGCUCACUCGCGUACCCACAGCGAGCGUCCCCGCAGUCUCAGCCUCCUGUCAACAGCCGAGCUCCUAUGUCUUCUCAGUCCUACACCCUGGGGCCUCGAACAAGACUUGGAGCUAGACUGGACUGCACAGAUCACUGUCCUGAACCUGGAUGGCCAGAGGAUUUCCAAACUGAUCAAUCUGAAUAAGCUGUUCAAUCUCCGCUGGGCUUCCUUUAAUAACAAUGACAUCUCUAAAGUGGAGGGUCUCGACAGCUGCUCGAAGCUGGAGGAGCUCUCACUCAACAACAACAGCAUAAACACACUCAAUGGCCUGUCAAAAUUGCAUAGCCUCAAUAAACUGAGUGUAGAUGGGAAUCAGCUGUCUAGUCUUGAUGCCUCAGUCCUCGAUCAGCUGCCCAACCUGUCCUUUAUGUCUGUGGAGAACAACUGUAUCAGUUCCCUGCACGGCAUCCAGAGAGCCCGCUCCCUUCUCGAGCUCUACAUCGGCAGCAACCAAAUAUCUACGUCGCGUGACAUUUACUACCUGAAGAGUUUGACAAACCUCAUCAUUCUGGAUCUUCAUGGGAAUCCUCUAGUGGAGAAACUGGAAAACUAUCGGAUUUAUGUGGUGUUCCACCUACCCUCCCUUAAAGCUCUGGAUGGCAUCGCAGUGGAGAUAACUGAAUGUGAAAGUGCAAAAGAUAUGUUUGGAGGAAGACUAACCCCUGACAUGGUAGCAGAGAAGCUGGGCCACUCAAACUACUCAGACAUCACCUACCUCACCCUGCAGUCCUGCUCCAUUAGGAUGGUUGAUCUGUCUCCAGCCGACCUGUUCUGUAGCCUACGCAGUGUCAACUUAGACCACAACAACCUCACCUCUUUUUCAGGUCUCAUUUACCUGCCCAACAUCAAGGCUCUGUGUCUGAACUACAACCACAUUGAGUCCAUCCUGCCCAGACAGAAGACUGCUCUGACAAACAGACAGAUCCUGUACAGCAAAGUCCACUCCAGUGGCUACGGCCAACAGAGCCCAUCCAAGGGCAAAGGGGAAACUGGGCCUGCUGGCAGCCUGGAGCCACUGAUGGGCAGCCUGGAGGUGCUGCAUUUGAGUCACAAUGGCAUCUCGAAUAUGGCCAAUCUGCAGCUCAGCAGGCUCACCAAUCUUAAAGCACUCUUCCUCCAAGGUAAUGAGAUCAGCCAGGUGGAAGGAUUGGAGGGUCUUCACCAGCUCAGAGAGCUUGUGUUAGACAGGAACCGGAUCAAAACUCUGGCUGAAAACUCUUUUGCAGCCCAGAACGUCCUGCUAGAGCUGCACCUAGCAGAGAACCGGAUCCGGGAGCUCAACCAUCUCGAUCCUUUAAUUGAGCUCCGCAAGCUCUUUCUCGGCAUGAACAAGCUGCAGGACAUCACAGAGCUUGACAAACUAGAAGUCCUUCCAUCACUGACAGAGCUCUCUGUUGUUGGCAAUCCUGUGGCCAAAAAUUCUCUCCACAGACCAGCAAUGGUGCUCCGUCUGUCCCAGUUACAGGUCCUGGAUGGAGUGAUGGUCACCCUGGAAGAAAGGACCAGGGCUGAACUCCUCAGUGCUGAUCCAUCACCAUGCACCCAGUACCCUGGAGCUUCUCUUCCCACAACUGAAAUAAACCUACCUGGGCUGCUGCCCCUCAUGCCUCGAAACACCCCUCUAAGAGGAAUGACUAUAAGUGGAGGGCUGCAGAACUUUGUGCAUGGGCACGAUAUCCUACCGAGUCACGUGGACGAGGCCCAAACUCAUUACACAUACAAGCACAAGAAGCACAAGCAUGGUAAUGCUGUUCGUAAUGGCCAAGCUGACAUUACGUUUAGAAACAUCCGAAGAACAGGAGGCAACCUUUCAACCACAGGUCUCCUUCAUGAUGGGAACAGAGUCAUCAUCACGUACCCCAGCCAGGAGCAAGACAACAGAUUUCCUAAUGGUGGCAAACCUCCAUCCAUGUAGCAGCCAGAGGAGGUGGAGCAUGAAGAUGAAACAAAG